AGCGCUCCCGGGGGGCGGGGUUCGGGCCUCCCCUCCCAGCAUGGCAGCCGGCGGCAGCCCCGGGAGGGCUGCUGCGCCGCUCCCGCCCUUCUUUUAGCUCCUCUUCCUGGGGAUCGCAGCCCUGGAGCCUGCUCGGCUUGGUCGCCGCUGCCGGCCCCGUGUGAGAAGGGGACGCCGCUCGGCGCGACCUUCCUAACAUGGCCGCCCGCGCCCUCCUUCCCGCAAGAUGGCGGCGGCGGCCCCGGGGAGGGCGGGGGCGGCGCUGCCCCCGGCGGCGCCGAGCGGGGCCAUGGCGGCGGAGGGGCCGCGCAGCCUGUCGGCGCUGAGCGCGGCGGCCGUGAGCCGCAGCAUGGCGGCCCUGGAGCGGGACGUCUGGGCGCUGCCCGGGCACCUCCUGCGGGGGCUCUUGCCGCUUCUCACCGUCUUUCGCCUGGAGCGGGCCGAGGACGCCGCGCGGAGAGCAGGCCUCUCGACACAGCCUAUCUGGCGCAAGCUGUGGGACGAUGUGAUGAAAACCAGGCCACCCAACUCGGAGAAUAUAACUUGUUGGAGGAAGAAGUUCCUCGAAACGUUCUUCUCAAACGUUCUUCAUGGUGUUCUGGAUGUUUCUUCUGACUGGCGUCUCAAUGACCAUCACUUUUCACCACUGCUCCACAGCUCCCCCCACGUUUCCCAGCUCACCCUCUGCAACAUGCUGCAGGGUGCGGUGGAACUCGCUGCUGAGCACAACCAGAAAGUGCUUGAAAACCUGGCUGGUUCCCUGCGGAUCCUGAAGUUCCAGCACCUCCUCUCCUCCGACCAGACCAUCAGGCAUUCGCUGGUUUUACUUCUUCACCGGCUGAUUCACCACGGCUCUGUCAGCCAAGUGUCCAUGUACUCCUGGCCUGUUCCCGACACGGUUCUGCUUGUUCUCAUUUUGAGCAUGAGUGCUGGGUUCUGGCGCUCAGGAAAUGCCCUCGCCUAUCACAGCAGCCCGUGUGGCCUUUGCAGAGAGGUAGACAAAGCCCAAAGCCAGGAGUCAGCACAAGAGCGAGCAGAGCGGGUCCGUUGUGGCGAGAGGGAGCAGAGUGAUGGCAAGAACCAGAAGGGAUCCCCCAGAGCCCUGGAGGAGAAUGAUGUGGAGAUGAAUGGAUGCAGGGCUGACACCCACCUGAACCCUGUUCUCUCUGGACCAAGUCCUCCUCUGCAAAACCAAGCAUGUGUGGAGGCAAGCAGUGAGGUGCCCUGUGACCACACUAGCAUUCAGGAAGGAUCUUCUCCUCAUUGCACCUCAGACCAGCUGUCCUGUCACCCCAUUCUUCGAAAGACACGCAGACGGCUGAAAUCUGCAGUGGGGAAGAAACGUCGCUGCCUCAGACGAAACAGGGGACCACGUGCUGACCCAGAAGACCUGUAUGAUUUUGUUUUUACUGUUGCUAGAGAGGAUAAUUCAGGGUUUCUUGACAAAAAUGAUGCCACAGAGGGAGAAAACGCUGAGAACUGGACUGUUUCCUCCCCAGGAUCUCUGUGCACUGGCCACGCCGGAUGUAAGAAAAGAGGAGGAUCUGCUGGGACCUUUUCUCUGAAAGUUGCUCACCGCUUCCGAAGUGUAUCCACGCUGGAAUUGUUCUCCAUUCCUUUGACUGGGGAAACAUGUCGGACUCUGAGUAACCUGCUGAGCUCCUGGGUGUCUUUAGAAAACUUGGUUCUGUCUUACAAUGGCUUAGGUGCUAACAUCUUCUGCAUCCUCUCUGGGCUCCGGGCCCUCUCCCGCCACUCAGACUGCCAGCUCCACGUGUUGCGCCUCAGCGAUGUCUUCUCCCACAUGCCUUGCAUGGAGCUUGUUCACUGCGUCCUGAGUGCCUUUCCCCAGCUCCACACACUCUCAGUCAGCUUCGACCUCAAAAACCAGCUGGAGGGGAACAGGCCAGAAGGGAAUCCAAGCUGCAGUGAGGCAGAAAUCCCAGAGAGCUGCCUGGAGCAGCUGGAGAUCCGAUUCCCCAGGGAACCUCUGCACACUGCAUUCCUGCUGCCAGUGCUCAAGGCAUCAAAGUCCCUCCAGCAGUUGUCCCUUGACAGUGCCACGCUGCCCUGUUCCCAGGAGCUUGGGCUCCUUUUGAAAGCCCUCAAAGAGUGUAAUCCAAAUUUGAAGAAACUGAGCUUUCAUGAUGUGAACCUCGCUGAGCACCAGAAAGAAGUUCUGCUUUUGCUUCAGGAUCCUGUCCUGCAAGAAAUCACGUUUUCCUUCUGCCGGCUGUUUGAAAGCUCCACUACUGAGUUUUUGUCAGAAAUAAUCAAUACAGUGAAAAGAAAUUCAUCUUUGAAGAGCCUCAAACUGCCUGGGAAUCGCCUUGGGAAUCACAGGCUGGUUGCCCUUGCAGAUAUUUUCUCUGAAGAUUCAUCCUCUUCUCUUUGCCAGCUGGAUGUCAGCUCAAAUUGCAUCAAACCUGAUGGGCUCCUGGAGUUCACCAAGAAGCUGGAAGGCCACAUCCAGCAGAGAGGGGGACAGAUUCAAUUCACACACCUCCGCCUCUUCCAAAAUUGGCUGGACCAGGAUGCUGAAACAGCUCAGGAAGCCCUGCGACGUCUCAAAGCUGUGUGCAGUGUGGUCAACGACUCAUGGGACUCCUCCCAGGCCUUUGCUGACUACAUCAGUGUCAUGUGAUGGAGGCAGGAGCAAACUGAUCAGCUUCAACCUAAGCAGUGUUGUCCCUGGCCAAUAACUUUAUAGCACAAGUGGGAUUUUUUCCCCCCUCAUUCAAGCAGGGUACAGUUGUUCUUGUCACUUUUCAUUUGGAGAAGGAGUACCAAAGUGAAGUGACACAAGACCAUGUGGGUCAACAGCUGUAUUUCUAGUUUGAAUAUUUUAAGGGGGACAAAUAUUAAAUGAGCUGCCGUGACCCUACAGAUCUCUGGACAAGUAGUUAUUUAUUUUACUCAGCAUUGUUACAAAUUCCAUGUUGUUUCAGCCGGUAUCUCAUCAAUAACUAUCUCCAUCAUUGGAGAGACUCAGCUAUCUGGUUGUGUUCCACUGGCAACCAGCUCUAGUUGACCUCUUUUUAGCUGGUGCAUUGGACAAUAUGACCUUGAGAUCCCUUCCAACUUCAACCAUUCUGUGAUCUGUGAAAUAAGAACUCCUCCCUCCCCUUAAAGGUAGUGGAAAACAAGCUAAAAAAAUUCCGCAGCCUUGACCUUUUACAUUUAGAAAAUUUUACUUUAUAAAAAAAAAAAUAUUUAUGUACCAAGUAGCCUACUGUCUAUUUGCAGUGAUGUUCCCCCUCUCCAAUGUCUGCAAACAUUUUACACAGGUUUCGAAUAGUUUCUUCUUUUGUAACAUUUUUAUAAUAAAAAUAUAAUUAAGACCCA